UUGGUCGAUUUGCAUCGUGGCCCCCGACACUUUUCGCACCUUGGAGUUGGGUCUCGAAUCGGACUUUUAUGUACCUGGACCGACUCGUCAUAUCUGCCGGGUCACAUCGUCUCACUUUGGUAUCACUGUUUUGUCAUGGAGUCGUGAUUCUGUCUAUUAAUUCCUUUCAAUUCUUUUGCUCUUGAAAUAGUUGAUUCAUAUCUCUUCGAUAACAGUCCCUGCAUAAAAUUGUCUUAUACCCUCACACCCUUGUUCCAUCGUCACACUCCGAAAACCGAAACGCGCCACCAACGAAACUGCCCCAAUUCACUCAAUCGCUCAAUCACUCUCUCCACCCCCAACCCUGCCUGCCCUGCCAUUCAUCGAAUCCAGUUUCCCAGUUCAGGACUCCCCCUCUCUUUUCGCGGCUCAGCAGGAGGCAGGAGACAGGACAGGACAGCCCAGGCAGGUUUACUGCACUUCAGUUCGUCACCCCCCAAAAAACACUCACUCGCGCUUUCUCCCUUUCGUAUUGCCUCUCCUUCCUCUUCUCCACCAGCCCGGCCACCCUAUCCAUCCACAUCCGCUCCCUCCCGUCCCUGCCUGCCUGCUUCUUGCUUCUUGCUCUGGCUUGUCCUUCUGUUCUUCCUCACCCCCAGCGGCGGCAGCCACAAUCAGCGUCCGGCCCAUUUCCACCCUCCGUCCUGGUCUCCCAAACCCAAGUCCAGGCCAAAUCAAGUCCACCUUACUUACCUACUCUCGCUUGAUUCUCUCGCUCUUUCUCUCCCCCCAGAAACGCCAACUCGUUAACUCUUGCUUUUUUACUCAUUCUCAUUUUGAUACUCAGUUUCGGGUUUCAAGUCUCAAUUCCAAUUUUCACCCAACUCCUCCAACGUCACUUCGUCCUCACAAACUCGCUUUCACCAGAUCAUUCAUCAUCGAAUCCUCACUGUCACCCUGGGUCGUCACUUGAAUUUUUGCGCCUCUGGUGCACGCCAUAUAAUGCCUACGAUUCCAUGAUUGAAUAUGUUUUAGAAGCAUGUCGCUCACCGAGAUACGAAAUGUCGUGUAUGUCUUUACUCCAUCCAUUAUGUCUCUGCCUGCAACGUCGUUGUAUUCUCGUGGCCGUUCUUCUCAUCAUCGUCGCUGGCGUGACAUAACGACUACGCCGCCCUCGACUCCCCGCUUGCACCAACGCAGCAAACCACACGACAUCGCCUACAACCUUUCGAUCAGACGACAUCACUCGCCUUGCUUGAUUAAAGCUGUGAACAUUGCUGACCAAUUUCAUCAGCCUCCUCUUCAGUAAUCCAGUAUGGAGCGGCGCCAGUACGGUCCCGUCGACAAUCAUCCGAAACCUCACGGCUCUUUCGUCCGACAUAGCAUAUAAGGAGCGAAUUUCCACCAACAUUACCACCCUAACCUCCACAAAUGCCGACUCGUCUAAUGGCCUUAUCACCGGCCUCCUCUACGUCCCCGACCUCGACAACGAUCGUGAGUGCGACGAGCAGCAAUACCAGUUUAUUCCUCGAAAUGUCACCCGCCGAGAUAAUCUUCCUCCUACCAAUUACAAUCUCAUCGCUCUCGCGCCGUGGUUCAGCAUCGACUGUACCCUAGCCUACCUUGCUUCUGCGCGUCUCGACCCCAUUCGCGCUUUCAUCUUUUACAAACCUAACAACUCAUCAAAUCAGCCUCAAGAUGCGGACUCGCCUGUUUGGAAUCUGGAAGAUGGUGGAGCCUGGAUGACUGCCAACAAAUAUCCGAUUUACGCCAUUUCUGGUCAAGAAGGCCAGAAUAUGAUGCGACAACUCAGUUACUAUUCAGGCAGCGUGGACGACAUACCUUAUGGCGAAAAUAUCAGCACACUUUAUGGCCCGAACCCGAAGGAUUAUGUCCGUAUCUGGACUGAACUCAGCGUUCAGGAUGAAUCUGAUAUUCCACCGCUAUGGGCGUUCUUCCUCAUAGUAAUUGGUGCCCUGCUUGCCAUAUUUGCAUUCGUCUCAAUAACCAUGCACCUUGUUCAACGAAGACGACGUAUAUCACUUCGAAAAAGAGUUGAAUCUGGCGAAGUCGAUCUUGAAGCCAUGGGAAUUAAGCGCCUGACAGUACCUGCUACCCAUAUCACCAGCUUCCCUCUAUUUACUUACAACGCGGACCCGGACUCGACAGCGCCUCCUCCUACCCCAUCAUCUACACGACGCAUGCGAAGUAGCCGAGGGUUCGAUCAACGCAGCACACGAUCCGGUGCCAGUGUUCGGAGCAAAAGAUCCAAUAUCGGGGCCUCAGGCGACAACGCUGCUACUAAUUUCCAACCUAGUUGUCACAUCUGCCUCACCAAUUUCGAACACCGAGUCACCAUCAUUCGGGAGCUUCCUUGCGGUCACAUAUUCCAUCCCGAAUGUAUCGACGAGUUUCUGUCAAAGAACAGUUCUCUCUGUCCUAUGUGCAAGCAUUCAAUGUUGCCCAGAGGUUACAGUCCAAGGAUCACUAACGGAAUGGUGCGUCGAGAACGUGCUCUGAGGAAAUUACGUCAAAGAGUCGAUCUCGAGGAUUUAUCUGAGGAAGGUGAUAACACGAAGAUGAAGGACUGGAGUAAACGACUAUUCCGAACCUCACCAUCACCUUCACGACCUUCCUCGUCGCCACUUGUUACCUUGAAGCUACCCAAGUUCAGACGACAACCUGUUACAAAUACAGCAACGAAUGAGGAGGGACGAGUAGAAACGCCACCAGUAUCGUCCACCCCCGCACAAUUCCAAGAACCAGAACCAGAACCAGAACCAAACACUCGCCCACCAGCUCCAGCCCAGAUUCCAAAGACAAGAAGGCCCAGACCUCGACUUCUGAAUAUGCUCCCAACACAGCCAGAGAAUUCCGAGUUGAAUACGGACCCAACGCCAAGACGCGGAAGUCCUUCUUCGUUUGCUCGACAACGCAUGCGUGAAAUUGCAGCCAAGAACGCGCCUUUCGACGAUCCGGACUCUCAAAGGGCGAUAUGGCUACGAGCACUCUCAAAAGUUUUCCCAGGCUAUUUCUAAUUCUGCUUUGAUAAAUCUCAUGGUCAGAAAACAUCUCUUGCAUUUGAUGGGGCAACAUAGGUCAGGCGUUUAUGUCAUAGGCAGGGUUUUGGGAUCUAGGCCGAUCCAUUGAUUAUACGACUUUUUUUUCGGGUACAUUGGUGCAUUGGAAAGGCAUUUAAUGAGGCGUUGGUUGGAUUUACGAGAAUUGUAUAUACAGGGGCUCGUUGAGAGGAUAGGAGGUGCAGAGCAGCGGGCUAGCAAUGGCAUCCCAUCUACUAAUUGCGUGUUGACCAGAAUAGUAGCCAGGGUCUGGACUGGAUAAACAAUUGGGUUUUCCACCAUGGCUGAACGAUCUCUUGUGUAGAAGAAAUCACCAGCCAUCAACAAAGCAUAUACCCAAACAAUAUACAAUCACGAUAUGAAGCAACAUGGGUAGCACUAUCAAAUGACCAAGAUUUUCAUAUUUUAGAUCAGGUUAUCAUAUAUUUCCAAGAACUAGCUAUUCCCCUGCAUGCACCAAUGUAUCUGAGGGUUCAAAUCGUUCAUAUUUCUCGCUCUAGGUACGCUCCAAACGCCAAACAUAAUCAAAGUUCGAUGAUCCAAAUUCCUACGUUCUGGUUUCUGAUCAUAAUGCACUGCUCAAUUCCCUUCACCACGCUUUCCUUUACCCUCCAGCAACGGCUCAUUACGGACUCCGCCUCUAGCAAGUGCAUCUCGAACGCGAUCAUUCUCGGCAGCACGAAUUCUGCUUCUUGCGUCCUCCAGACGUUCGACGCCUCGAUCAAUGGUCUCAAUAUGCACGCUCAGAGGGAUUGGAGGUCCACUACCAAUACCAUUGCGGAGCACCUCUGGCUCAGCAACACGGUCACGCAAGUCGCCCAGACCAGCUUGAAUGCUCUCGAGUUCGAGGAUAAGCGCGUUGACCUGUGCAACUGCCGAAGAACGCUGUGCGUCAACCUGGCGCAGAAGAGCCAGUUGGCGGGAAAGGCUGUUAAGUUGGUUCGAGUUUGCACCGACAAGUGUCCAGAUAUUCCAGAGGACGUUUUCACGACGAGAUGCUGUAUCGGCAGAGGAGCGAGAACUGAUGUCGUAGAUGAGCAUCAGAUGAUCCUCGGCUUUUGUAAGCAGGCGCAGAACGGCCUGCGCUUCAAGGAUAAGGGUCGCGAUACGAUCCGAGACAAGAGCUGUAUGUUCAAUAUACUUGUCUAGGAGAACUCGCUCGUUGAAGAUAUGAUCUGUAGUUGGCUGGAACGGGUGAAAGAGCCACGAAGCCCAGCCAAGAAUAGGUGAAGGCGAGGAAAUCGACUUCCCAUCAUCUGUUUCUGGGGAUAGAGUAUCGAGAUAACGAGAUGUCCAGCGAUUUAUGCUUAUGACAGCAUCAACAGCAGACCCAACAUGGGUGUUGAACUUCUGCAAGUCCGAAGACGUCUGCCUCGCCGUGUCGAUGUAACCGUCGAACUCAAACAGCAACUCAUCGCGAGCUUGUAGAUCGCUGUGUCGCACAAGGCUGCGUAGAUCUCGGAUGGCCGUUUCAGAUCUUUUCAUCUCGAAUGGGAGAGACACUCCAUCAGAGCUCUUUUCAAGAACUUGCUCGAACUUUGACUGCACAUUCAUGAGAUCAUCGAACUCAACGGGUGAUCCAUCGCCUCCAGCAGGCACUAUCGUAUCCAGAGAAGGACAGAACGGAAGAUUUAGCAACGAUGCGCCCGGGAUACGGCAAAGAGGGGAUAGAGAUGCGGCGAUAGAGCGAGUUGCCAUAUUCUGUGCAAUAAUAAGACCACCAAAGCAAAGAUAGAUAGCCAGUAGAAUCGCAAAAGGUUUCUGGGCGUAGCGGAAUGCUAGCCCGAUAACGUUAAGAAACCAUGCAAGUGUAUUGUAUAUCGCCGCUGGGAUGCUUUGAGCGAUUUGAUUUCCAACUGUUGGCGGUGGCUGUUCGCGAUAUUCGCGGCGAUGAUAUUCAUCCUCGGUCUCAUAUCUUGCGCGCGCAUUUCUCUGCUUGGGAGGACUCGAAGGUGGUGGAUUUCCUCUUCUCCUCACACCUUCGUUGCCGCCAUAUUCUAUGCCCAGUCCUCUUAUCGUGCGCUCACUCCUACUACUUCCCUCACUCGCAGUAUCGAUGCGCGGCAUGUGAAAUUCUGGAUCGGGUGAUCGAAAGACUCGCUCUCCGUUCGCGCUCACACUUGCGCGCGAAAGACUCGGCCUGAACGGCUCUCGUAGAAUGACCUGCUCGUCGUCUGGGUCUGCCCCAAAGUCGCGAAUGCUAUCCUGCGAUGCGAAGCUGAGAUUUCCUUGAGAAAAUGGUUGGGAGGGUAUGUUGCCUGAGGAUGUAGGUGGUGAUGAUUCCCCAAGCGAUGGGAGAAUACUUGUGUCGAAACUGUCGUUCUCGCCUUCAACAAAGCGCCACGAGUCCUCGGGUCGAAGCUCACGCUGGCGCGAAGAUCCCAUGUUGUUCACCUUCGGCGCUCGAGUACGGCAGAGUCGCACACGAGCAGGCGUUACGGUCACGUCACCUCAGUCCAAGAAUUAUACACACUCGACGUCCGGUCGCAUCAGAUAGGCGAGAUGUAUGGUGAAAGUGUCGUAUUUAUAGUGUAGAAUGUGAGAUAGCAAUGUGCGCCAAGUUAGAUCGUGAAGCGCUGACUGGCGCCCUUAGCGUAGGCAGGCGGAAGUUCUAGGAGCGGUGAGUCAUCGGCAGUUGUGAUAAUCGUUCACGGUGAUUAUCGGCGAAAGUGCGCUUGAUGUUUCAGGUCGUGAAUGGGCGUCAAAAUGAGGUUGAUGUUGUUAGGUUGUUGUCUUUAUGAAUGAUGUAAGAGCAAGG